UUACGUAUCAAAUCCCAUGAAGCCCCGGCAAAGCCCAAACGGAAGCGUAUCUCGCAGGAGCAAUUCCAAGCACUGUCCGAAUUAUUUGACCAGACAGACACGCCCAACUAUGAGCUGAGAGAGAAGCUGGCGCUCAAGCUGAACAUGACAAACCGAGAAGUACAGGUAUGGUUCCAAAACCGUCGAGCCAAGUUCAACCGUGCCCGUCUUCAAGAGCAGCGCAAUCAGCAACUCAUCCUGCAACAACAAAAGCAACACCAUCAUCACUCGUACUCCAGCACAUCAUCCGCGUCCUCGUCUGCCCCUACUUCGCCGUAUCCUGCCCUGUCUCCCGACAUGGCUCCACUAGAGAUCCUGGCCAUGGCGGCUGACUAUAUCCAGCGAUGCGAUCAGGAGCAAGAA